AUGCCGAGUACUUAUCCCAUCACAGCCGAACAAGCCAAGCCCGCCAAAGUCCCAGGCGCUUUCCGAGGCGUCGUCACCGGUGCCGGGCAUUCCAGCGUCUUUCUCAGCCCCGUCCAAGAACGGCGAAUCCUCAACUGGCGUGAAGGCGCUUCGACAGUCGCCCCCUCGCAAAAGACGAAAUCAGCGCCCCCCUCGGUCGGACGACGGUCCAGCAAAGGCGAAGGUAGUCUGGCGGGUUCCUGCGCCUACUCUUGUGCAGAGUGUCAAGCCGCCGCAAGUGUCAGUGCCCCGGUCACAUCGUGUAGCUGUACAUUCCACUCGGUACAAUCAAGGACGAGUCAUAAAUUAAGGAAGAAGAAGGGCCCCAAGAGUUACUACUCCAACCGCACCGCCCCAGAAUCUUCGAAUAUGACUCCGACCCUGCCGGCCAUGAUGACUGUCCGACCCAAGACGCCCCCAGCGGGGAGUAGACCGCCAAAAUUAAAGUCGCCAGGAUAUAACCAGUUCGUUGAGAGUCAGGGUCAGGCGCCCUCGGCAUACGGCUUGGGAAUGGGGAUGGGCAGCGGAGCGGGUGCACCGACACAAUGGGUAGCGCCACAGUCGAAUCCUAUGGCCGCCUCGAAACCCAUGACCGCUCCAAAAGCAGAGUUGCCGAGAGUCGCCGGCGUAAGAGAUCCUAUCUCAACAGCCUACUUUAGAAGAAUGUUCCCUCCAGCUCCAGGACAGGUACCUUUCGGAGGGGUCGUUAUGCCGGGGGCUCAUCCACCACAGGCAUUUGGUAUGCCCGCAGGAGGGCCCUACAGCUUCUGA